AUGGCGCCAUCACAUUCCCACCACAGCGCACGGCUUCUCGCGUCCUUCUCCACCCUCGUCCUCCUCUGCACCCUCCUCGCGCAAAUCGCGCUUCCCGUGACUCACGCUCAGCCGUACUCCAACGGUUACGACCAGCGUUCUCCCGGAUUUUUCGACGACACGGGUGCUCCCGACCUCAGCCCUAGCGCGACCGCUUUCCUGGCAAACAGCUCAUCGGACUCCUCUGUAGUAACCAUGGGGCCACCUUCGACGUCCUCCUCGUCUCAGUACCGAGUUGUGGACGGAAUCAGAUACACGCGCAUGGAUAAGAGGAUUCGUUACCCGACUUGCACCAAGAUGAACAAUGACAGUGUGACACUCGAGAUCGGGCUGCAGGCCGUGGGAACCAAGUGGCGCGGUUGGGGAACUUCUCUUGCCUGGGCUGGACGUUUCCUCGGCGGUUUGACGCAGCCGUUCCGGCGCAAGGUCAUGAUGGACCUGAUUUUUCACAAGAAGAAGGGCAUCGGCUUUAAUCUCGUCCGUUACGCCAUACCCGGAGGCUACGCACCGCGAUUUAGUCCGAAAAUCUGGAAGCAAGAUAAGUACCGAGGGUACAGCCCGAGAAAGGGGGUUUUCAACUGGGGCGGCGAUUGGAAGCAAGUACUGGCGCUUAAGGAGGCCCGGCAGCGCGGCAAUAUCGAGGUCGACGCAAUCUGCUACUCCCCUCCCUGGUGGAUGACGCUGAGUAAAGACGCGUCUGGAAACGUGAAGAGCAAGCCGAAUCUUAUGGCGCGUCAUUACCCGACUUACGCGGACUACCUCGCGACUGUUAUCGCGCACUUUCAGAAUCAGUGGGGCAUUCAGUUCGCGGGAAUUUCGCCGUUUAACGAGGCUUUGGAAGCAUGGUGGCACAAGGGAGGGUACCACGAAGGCUGCACGUUCGAUGCCCCCGGAAUGCACAAACUGAAUUUUAUGCUUCGCCAAGGGUUGCAGAGUAAGAAGGUUACGAAGACGCGCAUCGUGGGAGUGGACAGUUGGCCUGGGUACACUGUGAACGCGCUUCGCAAGUCGCUCUGGCCGCUGGGGCAGGCUCCGGAUGUCAUCUCUGUGCACGGAUACAGAUCGCUCCGUAUCAUGUCGAUAUCAGGGGACGAGAGCGAGUACAAGGCGAUUCGGGACGAGGCGCGCAAGCACAACAAUACCAAGAUAUGGCAAACGGAGUGGGGACCGUUGCACAUCGCUGGAACUCCGUUGGAGAUUGCUGUAUACAUGGCGCGUUCGAUUGCACAGCAUAUCAACAUCAUGGGUGUAGAGGCGUGGUACCACUGGCUGCCUGUACAGAGUUUUAAUAGAGCGAAUUGGGGUCCCAUUCAGGCGAAGUGGAAGUCGUUCGGACCAAUCCGGCCGAAGCUGACGAAGCAGUUUUUCGGCAUGCUGCACUUCACGCGAUGGAUUCACAGAGGAAGUUACCCGCUUUUUAUUCGCAACGAGUGCAAGCACUCGAUAGUGGCAGCGUAUUCUCCCAAGGCUCGCCGGCUGUCGGUUACCAUCGCGAACCAGCAAUCUAAGGAAUUCCGCGUGAAUCUCAAGAUCAGCGGGUUUGAUCGCUGGAACCGUAAGAAGUCGACCCUUCGGCAAGUCAGGCGCACGUCCCUGAAGGAGAACUACAAGCGGAUCUAUAAGGAGUACAGCUGGGACGCCAUUACAUCAAGCCAUGUGACCAUCCAGGGCAACUCCAUCACCACCGUUGGCUGGACGAAUGUCGCUAUGCUUGGAGACCCUCAAUUCGUGUCAUAUUAG